AUGGAGCGCCUGGGGGAGAAGGCCAGCCGCCUGCUGGAGAAGCUGCGGCUCUCGGACUCCGGCAGCGCCAAGUUCGGCCGCAGGAAGGGGGAGCCGAGCCGCACCGGCUCCAACGCCGCCUCCGGCCCCGGCCCCGGCGCCGGCUCCGACGGGGCGCUCGCGCGUCCGGGGGCGCCUAGGAAGCCGGGGCCCCGCGGCGCCGCCGGGGGAGCCGGCGAGGAGGCGCUGGAGCCCGCGCGGGAGCCGGGCCCCCUGGACGCGGAGCGCGGCGCCCCGCGCGGCUCCCUGGACGCGCCGCGCUACGAAGGCGCCUUCCCCGGGCCCGGGGCGCCGGCCGCGAGCCGCGCCGGGCCGCUGCCCCCCGACUUCCGGCUGGACACCGCCGCGCCCGCGCUGAGCCCCCGCUCCAGCUUCGCCAGCAGCUCGGCCAGCGACGCCAGCAAGCCGUCCAGCCCGCGCGGCAGCCUGCUGCUGGACGGCACGGGCGCGGGCGGCGCGGGCGGCAGCCGGCCCUGCAGCAACCGCACGAGCGGCAUCAGCAUGGGCUACGACCAGCGCCACGGCAGCCCGCUGCCCGCCGGGCCCUGCCUCUUCGGCCCGCCGCUGCUGCCCGGCGCCCCGGCCGCCUACUCCCCCGGCGGCGUCGCGGCCGCCUACCCCGAGCUGCGCGCCGCCCUCGACAGACUGUGCGCCGCGCACCGGCCCGCGGGCUUCGGCUGCCAGGAGAGCCGCCACUCGUACCCGCCCGCGCUGGGCAGCCCCGGGGCGCUGGCCGGGGCCGCGGUGGGCGCGGCGGGGCCGCUGGAGCGGCGGGGCGCGCAGCCCGGGCGGCACUCGGUCACCGGCUACGGGGACUGCGCCGCGGCCGCCCGCUACCAGGACGAGCUGGCGGCGCUGCUGCGCCUGGCGGCCGCCACCGGGGCGCGAGAAGCCGGCGCGCGCGGGGACCUGUCCGCGCUCGAGCCGCCGCCGUCGGGGGUCGACGAGCCGCCGGCCUCCUUCGUGCCCGAGGCCGCCCGGCUCCGGAUGCGGGAGCCGGAGGCCCGGGAGGACUAUUUCGGCACCUGUAUCAAGUGCAACAAAGGCAUCUACGGGCAGAGCAAUGCCUGCCAGGCCCUGGACAGUCUGUACCACACCCAGUGCUUUGUUUGCUGCUCCUGUGGACGAACUUUGCGCUGCAAGGCUUUCUACAGUGUCAAUGGCUCUGUAUACUGUGAGGAAGACUAUCUGUUUUCAGGGUUUCAGGAAGCAGCCGAGAAGUGCUGUGUCUGUGGUCACUUGAUUUUGGAGAAGAUCCUCCAGGCCAUGGGGAAGUCCUAUCACCCAGGCUGCUUCCGUUGUGUUGUCUGCAACAAGUGCCUGGACGGCAUUCCCUUCACUGUGGACUUCUCCAACCAAGUGUACUGUGUCACCGACUACCAUAAGAAUUACGCCCCCAAGUGUGCGGCAUGUGGCCAGCCCAUCCUCCCUUCCGAGGGCUGUGAGGACAUCGUGAGGGUAAUUUCCAUGGACCGAGAUUAUCAUUUUGAGUGCUACCACUGUGAGGACUGCCGGAUGCAGCUGAGUGAUGAGGAGGGCUGCUGCUGUUUCCCCCUGGAUGGGCACUUGCUCUGCCACGGCUGCCACAUGCAGCGGCUCAGUGCCCGACAGCCCCCCACCAACUAUUUGUGAGCUGCAGUCGUCAUAGCUGCCAUCACUACCCUUGAUGAAUCCCUCUGGCCAAAGGGCCCUUUCCAGGAGCUAGGCAAGGAAGACUCUUCUGGCCUGGAGAAGGGAUUUUCUGGAGAAGUCCCAAGGGCCAGAGACCCAAAGAUCACAACAUUCCAAAUGGAUUGUGGAGGAAGAGCCAUGCAUCCAGUGGCCAGGAUGAGGAUGGCCCCUUCUCCUGGUGAGCGGCGCCAUCUGGCAGACACUUGCAGGCACAUGCCAGUGCUACCCAACUCUAGACUGUCUCCUGACUCUAGAUGUGUCCACGUGCACACAAUUAAAGCAGGAUUCUGGGUCUGGGUCACAGAAAAGAGAACAGACAGUAUGGGUGCUCCUCAUUCUUGGGCCCCAUGUAUGGUGUCAGGCAUGUAUUCAACUCUGUUCUUACAGUAAUUUAUGAACCUGGAUGAAGUGGUGAAAACUCUAGACCGUAUUAAAUGUGUUGUUUCUUUUU